AUGUAUUCCCUUCCCACUCCACCCACCGAAACCGAAAUACGAUGGAAACCAGCCAUCGCAACUGUUAGUCUCGGCGCAGCACAUCUACACUCCAUCCAUACCAAAAUAGAAGCUGCCGUACAAAACGGACAAGAAGGACUAGAGCUUUUCCACGAUGACCUUGCCCAACUCGCUCAGACCCUUCGCUACCAAGCUCAGGAAACUAGCAAUGGAAACGUCAGUGCCAACAUAAGCCGCACCGAUCGGGAGUACGAGAUUGACGCCGCGCAUGUCAUCCGCGAUCUAUGCGCCGAGAACGGGCUACGCAUUCUCGCAUUACAACCAUUCCGACACUACGAAGGACUCCUAGAUGCAGAAGAGCACGCAAAGCGACUUGAUGAGCUCCGACACUGGGUCGAAUUGUGUAAAGUUCUCGGAGACUCACUCUUCAUCCUGAUCCCAUCUUCAUUUCUAGAUCAAUCCCAGAUCACAGGAGAUCGCGCCCGUCUAGUAUCUGAUCUAGCCGAAGCAGCGGAUAUCGCGCUUCCAGUUCGGAUAGCCUAUGAGGCACUUGCAUGGGGUACAUAUGUGAAUACAUGGGAACAGAGCUGGGAGAUUGUACGAGAAGCGAAUCGACCGAAUCUUGGGAUCUGUCUUGAUACCUUUAAUAUUGCGGCGCGUGUAUGGGCUGAUCCGACGAGUUUGUCGGGUCGACGUCCUGCGAGUGCGGAUAUUGAUCUGCAGAAAUCCCUGGCUCGUCUGGUGAAUGAGGUUGAUCCGGAUCGCGUCAUGAUGGUUCAGCUUGCUGACGGGGAGAGAGUUGACCCGCAGGUGGCAUUCCUUGCAAAGUCUGGGUUACAUCCCCUACUGGCCUGGUCGCGGAAUGCGCGUCUGUUCCCAUUUGAAGAGGACCGGGGUGCUUAUCUUCCCAUCCGAGAAGUUGCGGAUGCUUGCUUAAAUGGGUUGGGAUAUGCGGGAUGGGUUAGUAUGGAGAUGUUCUCGCGGACUCUUGCAGAUAAGAAUCCUUCGGUGCCGGGAGAGCAUGCCGCGCGCGCUAGUCGAUCCUGGCAGCGUCUCUUGGGAAUGUUGGAGGUGAAGCCCAGCAGUAUUUAA